UCCGUGGCCCCAGGCCACCAGCAGAUAGCUUCUGAGACCAGCAGGGACCCUGCACAGACAUGGGAUAAGCCAUGGAAAGAUGACUGUAGCUGGGAGAAAGGGGGAUUGAGGGAUUAUUGCUACAAGAGGCAAAAAGCCUGCUAGAGCCUGAAAUCAAUUUGCUCCCCCCUGGGGAGAGCAAAAUGGGUCCUCUUUCCCACAAAUCCUAAUCUGGCCCAUAAGGAGGGGCUGGGAAUGAUGUUGUCAACAACCAGCAAGCUGCCUGCCCAGCACUGAUGGGGCACAGGGGCACAGGGGCAGAGCAGAGUGGGGGACACCAUGGGCAAGGGGGACGCCAUGCAUCAGCAGUGUCCCUGGUUCCUGCAACUGCCAUUUCCCAUCAGGGCAAGCCAUGCCUGGACCGGACAUGGCUCUGCUCGCUGCUCUGGGACAGUGUCAGCCCACAGCAGCCCCACACUCUGCUUGGCAUUGCUUCCCUCUGGCUCUUGCACAGCCUCCUGCAUGCAGCCUGUGCUGCAGAGUGGGAGAUGCCAACAGCAGCCUUGCUGGGCUGGGAUCUCCUGUGAGCGCUGUGCGUCCUCAGCCUGUCUCUCCUCCUCAUGCCCAGGUGCCUUCCCCCAGCCCCGCAGCACCAGAGCUGAGCAGAGGAUGGUUAUUUCUGUAGCUCAGCAUGCAGACAAUAGCCACAAAGUAAAGAUGCAGGACGCAGCUCCAGAGCAGGGUCAUGGCUGAUUCUCCUUCCUCCCUGGGGCUGGGCUUGUGCUCUCAGCACAUCUCUCGGUAUCGGGUGCGGCACGCGGUCAAACCACAGGUUGCAGAGCUCAAAGACACCGACGGCUCUGGAGCCUCUGAGCGAGGAGGGGAGAGGUCCUGCUGUGCAAUGGAGGAGGCAAACCCCAGCCCCACCCCGAUGGUGACAACAGCCACCACUGACUUCUACACCUGGGAGUACAGUAUCUCAUGGGACGACGGCACGCUGCCUGAGCUAUGUGAGAAGCAGGCAGUGCAGGGCUUCGCCCGCACCUACCAGCCAGCCAUCUACCUGCUGCUCUCGCUGCUGGGCACGGUGGGCAAUGGGCUGGUGCUGCUCACACACACCCGCUACCGCCAGGCACGCAGCAUCACCGAUGUCUGCCUGCUGCACCUGGCCCUAUCUGACCUCCUCCUGCUGCUGACGCUGCCCUUUGCCGUCACUGUGACACUGCAGGGCUGGUCCCCGGACACAGCUGCCUGCAAGGCGCUGCAAGGCGUUUAUGCCCUCAACUUCUACAGUGGCUUCCUCUUUCUCACCUGCAUCAGCAUGGACCGCUACGUGGCCAUUGUACGGGUGCCAGCUGCAUGCCGCCUGCGCCCACGGGCUCGCCGCCACGGCUGGCUGACGGUGGGUCUGGCCUGGCUGCUGGCUGCGCUGCUGGCACUGCCCCAGUUCAUCUAUGGCAAAGCAGAGCAGCACCAGGACCUCCACAUCUGCCGUGUCGUCUUCCCCCCAGCAGUGUCGCGGGCAGCGCGGGGAGCCACCAACCUCACGCAGGUAGUGCUGGGCUUUGCUGUGCCCUUUGUGGUGAUGGCAAGCUGCUACACGGCCGUGGCUCGGACGCUGCUGGUGGCUCGUGGCGCUCAGCCCCACCGGGCGCUGAGGGUGCUGCUGGCCCUUGUGCUGGUGUUUGUGGCCCUGCAGCUGCCCCACAGCCUGAUGGUGCUGCUGGACACAGCCGAGCUGCUGGCUAGCUGGGAGCUGAGCUGUGCCCAGAGCCGCCGCAAGGACCUGGCACUGCUGGUCACCAGCGGGCUGGCAUCCCUGCGCUGCUGCCUCAACCCACUGCUCUAUGCCUUCCUGGGCCAGCGCUUCCGCCGUGAGCUGUGGUUGCUGGCCAGCGAUGCCGGCUGCGUGGGAAACAUCGACCCGCGCUGCCCCGGCUGCCCCAGUCCUCGUCAGCGCUCAUCACUCUCCACCUGCCAGGACGUGGCAUAGCGAUGUGGUGCCAUGCCCAGGGCAGGCACCGGCACCCACGGGGCUCAGAACUCCCCCAGGGAAGCCUGAACAGCCCCAGGAGUCCCUGGAGCUACUGACAGGGACAGGACAGACAGACGGUGUCCUGGGCGGAUGGAGACAACAUCUUGAGCACAGUGCCCAGUGCCAGCACCGGGGAAAUGUUCCCAGCUGCAGGGGGACCAUGCAAUAUCACACGUGGUUGGGGGGGGUGCAUGCCGCAAGGGCACUGUGCGGUGUCACGCAUGUCCCAGGGGGACCGCGCAUUGUCAAGUGUGCUCGAGUGGGACUGUGCAAUGCCACAGGGCAGGGCCUUCCACCUUCGUUUCCACCCUUGCAAUAAAUCGUGCUCGAACCAUGCUGUGCGAGCCCAUAUCCCUGCGGGGUCGGGGACUCUCCGGGGGGGAGGAGUAGAAGCUGGCGCCGGUACCGAGGCCGGUAUAGGACAGGCGGCGGGGAGCAGGGGAAGCGUCCCGGCAGUGGCCGGGGGAUGCCUGCAGGCGGCAGCAGAACCCAGCGUUUCCCGUCCUGCCCGGGUGCCCAACGCUGCAGGGACCGACCGCGUUCACCCGAGCCGGGGGCACCCCACGGGGUCGGGUCCCUUGGUCACGAGAUGGGAACGCCCUAGCCGCGCUGUAGCAGGAGCAGUGGGUGUCACGGCCUCCAUCGUCAGCAGUAUGGCCGAGGCGGUGGCAGAGCCCACAGACCCACAUCGGGCUGUAGGGGUCGGAAAACCCCCCGGGGCCAGCAAUGUGAUCCUCGGGAAAAUCCUGCUCUGGCUCAGGCUGGAAACUCCCCCCAGGGAGAUGGGCGAGAGGGGCUUUCCUCUCCCUUCCUCUCCUCUCACUUCCCCAUGUGACUUGGCCCCAGCAUGUCCAUCCCAGCGGCUCCCAGCAUCCCACGCAGGGUUGAUGCUCCGGGUGCCCUCGGCCUCCCACCAGGGCUGAGCAAUGCCAGCACAGAGCCGAGCGGCACAGGGUGCCAGAGCAGCAGCUCCAGGGACUCCAGGAGCCGUUCAAGCUUCCCUGGGGGGGAGGUUCUGAGCCCCGGGUUGGUUCCCUCUGUCUCCGGCACGGAGGGUUUCUGUGUGUGGGGAAAUGCCUCCCCAUCUCCGGGGCUGGAGACCUCUUCCCGCUCACCCACACGCUCUGGUUUGGGACGAGCCCAGCUCGUACUGGGAAGCUCAGACCCUUCGCCUACUUCUGAGCAGGAAACGCAAUUACCGCUGACUCAGCACCGCAGGGCCCCCCAUCCCUUCGCCGCCCCCGUUCUGCUGCACCGACCCCGUGCCCGGCGGGGAGCACUCCCAGCUCCCUGCCCAGCCUCGGGCCGCCCCACGGCCGUGCCGUAUCUCCCCGCACCCCGGGCCCCACGCUGGUCCCGCAGCUGCUGCUCUGCCCCCGCAGCAGC